AACACUCAGCUCAUCUCCACAAUGAAGCUUUGUCCUCAGGCAGUCUGUGAGCUCGGCUUCUUGAGUCUCUGCUUUGUACUGAUCACAGUGAGAGAGUCAGACAGCACGUUUGUCCCGGGAAGAUGUUUGUGUCCACACACGCAGUCGGGCGUCAGAGGUCAACUGAAAGCGCUCACAGUCUACCCACAAAGCCCCAGCUGUGACAGAGUCACAGUGAUAGUGACAAUGAAGAGUACCAAUGAUCCACUGUGUCUGAAUCCAGAGGCGCCGAUGGGCAAACAACUGAUUCGCUGCUGGAAGAGAGCUCAAAAGUUGGGUCGUGAUGUAACGCUUUGCCUGAAGAGGAGGAGGAGGGGGAGAGGUCGUCAGCGCCAGCGCCCUCAACAGAGGAGCCGGGGCCUCAAAAGCAGAGCCUCAUCCUCUAAUUCCCAAUAGUCAACCAGCCGAACAAAUGGCACGGAGCUACUGCACGUAAAGAAGUGUGUACACAUGCUGUUCUUUGCCACAGGACUCCAGGUUACCAGAGGCAGUUUAAAAUAAACAGCACACUACCACUUUUCUUUCUAUAAAUGUCACGCAGCUCAGACAUCAAGAUCCCCUAAACUGUUGUCUGAGCUGUUAAUCAAACUUUCUUUGGAGGCCAGCAGCAGGGGGCUUUACUUUACCUGUGCAAAUGACUGAUGCUAUGUUGAAAACUGAGCCCUGGAGGCUUGUCAUAAAUGUUAACAGUUUUAGUUUUAAAGUACUAAAUGGUCCAUGUACUGUUUAUGUGUAAAUCUGUGUAUGCAGCUGGAAAAGCUAACUGAAAAGACUGAGUUGGUUAUUUAUUUUUAUAUCAAUAUGAGCAUUUUUCAGA